UAUGAUAGCAAAUGAUACGAUAACAAAUGUAUAGUUGGAGUUAUGAGUGGUGAUAUUGCUGUGAAUUUGUUGUCUGGAAUAUCAUUUAUCUGUGCUUUUUUUCYGUUGSAGUUAUGGAGGAAAGUUCAGCGAAAAAGACUCGGGAGUCCAAAGAAUGUGGACAUUGUGGAAAGUCUGUGCAAAAUCUUAGUCGUCACCUCAAGRAUGUUCACAAGAUAAAGAAAAUAUACCGUCAGAUGGACAGGUACAUCAAAGGAGGCAAGAAACCACCAAAUAGAAGAGUUAAGUUCUGUCCGUUGUCGCCAUGUAAGCAUUCAAAAAGAGGUGUGUUUCAGCUUCACCAUCACUUGCAAUCCAACAUCCAUAAGCUUAAUUCUAAUUCAAGAGAAUACUUGGAGGCUCUUAAGAACGCACCUCGAAUUGGCCUCGAUGAGAUGCGUGGCUUGAUGGAUAAAAAAAGUGGAAGAGAAACAAAAAAGAAGUCCAGUACUGAGGUUGGUGGAAAAAGAAGUGCUACUGAAAAAAUAAAUAUCAAAACGUGUGCUAAAAGACCCAGACUUGGAAGUGAAAACGGGGAAAAGAGCCCAUCUAGAAUAUCAAGUAUUGAAAGUAAAACUCCCUUGAAAGUGAAAAUAUCAACGAAUUUCAAGAAGCGAAAAGAUGUAACAGAAACAACUGUGCAAGAAAACAUACCUCCUCUACCCAAUGAAGAUAAUGAAAUAGAUAAUGAUGACAAAGAAAAUGUAGAAGUAAAUGAAAAUAUAAGGGAGACAAGUAAUGACGCUGAGAGUGAUUUGGAAUACGAUGUGUUGACGGAGAGAGUAUGGGUCAGGAGUGAAGAAAACUCACAACAACAAAAGAUGAAAGCAAUGGCAAUCAUCAGAUCGCGAUCUGGAAGUGAAAGUGAUCAAUCCAAACACUCUGAAAAAAGCCAAACAGAGAUGCAUAGUGACAACAUUAAAGCCGAAAGAACUCUGGUCAAAUCUCUUACAAGGCAAAGAGAGGAAGCGCACUCACCAUCUAACGUUACAGUUAUCUCCGACAGUGAGAGUGAUACAGAUGACUCUAAUUAUGCCCCGUCCUCAAGUUCGGAUUCAGAUUGUAGCAGUGAAACAUCCACAGCAGCUUCUUCUUGCUCUUCUCAAGAAAAUGAGGCCAUUUUAACAGAGUUCGUAGAAAUGGUAGAUGACUUAUCCUUCAUCAAACCUGAGCCGGAAUGGAAGAGUGAGGUCGAUGACUUUAUUGCACGAAAGAAGAAAAGUGGUUACAUCUUUCAAAGGUCAUCCGUGUCUGAAACCAAGGCUAUUGCACAAGAAACAAUUUCUGACAAUAAAGAAAUUGAAGAUAUCGAUUGUGAAUCCUCCCUUGAAGACAGUGAUGAAGAUGAAUUAAUAUCAUCUUUCGAAAAUGAGGGAAGUCAAGUGGACGACGACGAAAACAGCAGUCCACUGAUAGACGAAUUUUAUCAGUGGCUUAAAGACGUCGAUGGUGGAUAUCGAUGUGCCAAAGUUGCCCUGCAGUACAAGUCUCAGGUAAUACGCAUCAUGAAAAGAAUUUCAAGUGACGUAAACAACUGGAAUAGUGAAAUAGAUCUAAUCACUGUAGAGGAUCACGAAGGAGUAGUAAUCUUGCGCAAAUGGUUAUCUGAAAUCUCUGAGAAAUAUCAGCCGGGAACUGUAAGAUCAUACUUAAUGAGCCUCCGACUUUUCCUAAAAUUUCUCGUACAAGAAGGGAAAGCAAAAGAAAGGAUCGACAUAUUAAACACAAGAAGAGACCUUUUGACAUCAUGGUMUGCUGCACAGAGGAAAAAAGUUUUAAAGCGUAAACUAGAGAAGCACGACAUUGACUUCACCAAAUUGCUCUCAAGCGAAGAUCUGUAUAAGGCUUGCCAUGGGCAACAGCGUAUCAACACUAUUAAAGAGCUGGGAAAAGUUGCAGAUGAAGCUAAGAAACUUGGAUACAACACCCUCAUUAAUGAUACCACCUUCUGUGAGAUUAGAGACUAUUUGAUGACACGAAUGAUUAUUGAUAACUCCGGAAGAAGUGGUAUUGCUGCAAACAUAACAGUCAAAGAAUUUCAGGAGGCCAUAAAGCAUGAUGGUGAUGAAGAAGACGGGGAAAGAUACCGCGUGCUUGUUAAGAACCACAAGACCUCCAGCACAUACGGUGCAGCUAUUGUGUGGUUAUACACAGAUCUGUACACGAUGAUGGAGAUUUAUAUCACUAAAGUUAGACCAGUAUUCCUUAAGGAAGGUUUGAAGAUAGACAACAUUUUCAUUUCGAACAACGGCAUGUCACUAACAUCAUCCCAGGUGUCGUGUUCUCUUACUCGCACAUUCCAGAGAGAAGGAAUUAAGUUUAAGGGUCGCAUCUCUGCGACUUUGAUCAGGAAAUCACUCGCUUCUGGCGUUCACGCUCAUAUGCCAGAAGAUCAAGAGAGGUUAGCUGCACUUGCGCAACAUAAGCCACAAACCCAAGCUCAAUAUUAUCGAGUGAAUGACAAAGUGAAAGAAACAGAUCUCGGACGCAAASCUGUCAGAAAAUUCGUCACAAUGAGCAAUGCGAAGACAGAGGUACCAGUAACUCAUGUCGAAUGGACUUGUCAAGAAACAGAAAACCUGAAAUAUAUAUUCCAAUCUGAAAUUGAAACUGGGAACAUCACGGAAUCCAUUGUUGAAAGUAAAUUGGGAGCAUCCAAUAUCUGUCAAAGUCAUUCGUUAAGAGCGGUAGUUCUGAAGUUACAGCGAUUGCGAUCACAAGACAACGAUGUCGUCAAGCCACCAACAGAGGUUGAAACCACUGAAGAUAAAAUCAAGCGAUUCAUGUCAGGAAUAAAACCUGCCCCAUCAACGACUAGCGAAUCAACUAAGUCAACAAAGACGGCUUGGAGCAAGUUUUCGGAAGAACAAACAGCGCAUUUGGCAUCCUUAACAAAAGAUCUUAUUGAGAACAAUACAGUUAAACGAGAAAUUGUUUGGAAGCGAGUAAAGGAAGAUCCAAAAYCAUUGGAACUUGGUUUAAUUUCAAACGACGAAUCUGAAGAGCAGAUGUUUAAACAAAAGCAGCGGUUGAACGACAAAGUACGCCAAAUAGCCAAAAUGUACAAGAUCUCUGGGAAGCAUUAGCUUGAUUUACAACGACAGUAACUACGCAACUUUAUAAGACACUCCUCAAAAUGUAAUAGUUCGAUUUAUGCAUCAAAUGUUUUAAGUAGCACGUCGUUGUACUCCCUUUAAAUCUGUUAGAUAUAUUAGACUUUUUUCUAUAUAAAAAAGGUUAAGUUAAGCAACAUAUAMGGUACCGCAUUUUAAAGAAAUGUUGCUUGUAAUCAUUGAUCUUCAUGACGUUUUGUCUCUUAUGAGAAAAUAAUAUUGAGUUAAAGUUCACAUAAGCCUUAACUAUUAUUGAAAACAACUUCGAGUUCUGCGUGCUAGCGUUAAUGUAACGAUGUUAUUAAACAUAUCAAAUAUAUUUUAUAAGUGAUACAAAUUUCUAGUCAAUCAUGAUUAUARUCAUCAACUGUACUCAUCACUAUCAUACGUUUAACCAUCAUACGUGUAUUCAUCGUUAUUAUCAAUGCGCAGACUGCAAUCAUCAGAAUUAUACGUGUAAUCAUCGUUAUAAUCAAUACACAAACUGUAAUCACUCUCAUUUGUGUAAUCAUCAUUGUUAUCAAUGCGCAGACUGUAAUC